AUGAAGCUGUGGGUGGAGUAUCACCUGAUAGUCCCAGAAACCCCUCUCAGCCUGAGGACCAUGAAUAACCAGACUUUGGUAACAGAGUUCAUCCUGCAGGGCUUUUCAGAGCACCCAGAAUACUGUGUGCUUCUAUUCGGCUGUUUCCUCUCCCUAUACUCUGUAGCACUCAUAGGUAAUAUCCUCAUCAUUUUGGGCAUCACCUUCAAUCGUGGGCUGCAUACCCCCAUGUACUUUUUUCUCUUCAACUUGGCUACUAUGGACAUUAUCUGCACCUCUUCCAUCAUGCCCAAAGCACUGGAGGGUCUAGUUACAGAGGAGAGCUCCAUCUCCUAUGGUGGCUGCAUGGCCCAGCUUUAUUUCCUCACCUGGGCUGCAUCCUCGGAGCUGCUCCUCCUCACAGUCAUGGCCUAUGACCGGUAUGCAGCCAUCUGCCACCCCCUGCAUUACAGCACCUUAAUGAGCAAGGCAUUCUGCAGCAUGUUGGCCAUAGGUGUGUGGGUGCUCUGUGCUUUCAACACGGCUAUCCACACAGGGCUGAUGCUGCGCUUGAAAUUCUGUGGCCCCAACAUUAUCACCCAUUUCUUCUGUGAGGUCCCUCCUCUGUUACUUCUCUCCUGUAGCUCCACCUAUGUGAACAGCAUCAUGAUUGUCCUGGCUGAUGCCUUUUAUGGCAUGUUGAACUUCCUGAUGACCAUUGUGUCCUAUGGGUUCAUCAUCUCCAGCAUCCUAAAGAUGCGGACUGCUGAGGGGAAGAAGAAAGCCUUUUCCACCUGCUCUUCCCACCUCAUUGUGGUGUGCAUGUAUUACACUGCCGUCUUCUACGCCUACAUAAGCCCUGUCUCCAGCUACAGUGCGGAGAAGAGCAAGUUGGCUGGUGUGCUGUACACCAUAUUGAGCCCUACUCUCAACCCCCUCAUCUAUACUUUGAGAAACCAGGAAGUCAAAGCAGCCCUCAGGAAACUUUUCCCCUUCUUCAGACAUUAAUUUGUGUCUUUUGAAGCUCUUCUUGGAGACUGCAGUUUAAGUGGGAAUUGACCUUUCUAUGAAGGGUCUGAUGAGCAAGUUUCUGGACUGGAAGGUAAGUAAACCUGUCUCUUCUACCCAGAAGAAAAGAUGAGUUUGGAAUUAUGGUGCCCUGAGGCUGGCUGAUGUGAGCCUGUGAGACCCCAUUGUGAUGUCAAUGCUAAGCUAUCAGGGAAACAAAGCUCUCUAGGAGAAGAGAAGGCUUCUUGAGUUUUAGACUUACAGCUAUAUGGAAGUGUUUUUCUGUUUUCUUUUUCUUUUGUCUGUAUAACAUUCAGAUUGUAAAUCCUGAAACCACAUCUAGCAUUUAGGUGUGUGAGCCUGAAAAGAGUUAAGCAGGAGAUGUGGACUUUAUAGCACUUGGGGGAUUGCCAGACUGAAGAAUUUCUUUAAGGUGACCACUGGCCCCUAAGAAACCCUCUUCUAUCUCACCUCAUGUUCCCUCUGGAGCCAGUUAGCCUUCAAAAAAAAUUUUCUGAUUCUAAUGAAAACUGUUGUUUCUGUCUUUCUCUUUUCUUAUCACUAACACUCAAGGUAAAAUGCAUUAUUAAGAUAGUUUGUUCUAACAGCUUUUUUGAGGUAUAACUGAUAUAUAAAAACUGCACAAUUUUUUUUUUCUUUUUGUCUUUUUGA